AUGUCGGAAUUUGAAAGAAAAGUCAAGGUAGGAUGUAAUAAAAAAUGUCCAUGUGAUUGCGCAGAGAAUUGUCCUGCAACAUAUUAUCAUCCAGUAUGUGGGGAUGAUGGCCAGGAAUAUAAAUCAAAAUGUCAUGCUAAUUGCAAGAAUGUCAAGAUAGGAUGUUAUAAAAAAUGUCCUUGUGAUUGCACAGAUGGUUGUCACGGAUCAUAUUAUCAUUCAGUAUGUGGGAUUGAUGGCAAUACAUAUAAAUCAAAAUGUCAUUUGGAUUGCAAGAAAGUUUCCGAGUGUCCAAAGAUCAAACGUCCAGUUUGUGGUGCUGAUAACAAAACAUAUGACACCAAGUGCGCUGCCAAGUGCGCAAACGUUGAGGUACAUUGUAACGGGCAUUGUCCUUGUGACUGUAUUAAAAUGAAGUGUCAUCCAGAAGUCAAAAAUCCAGUUUGUGGAGUUAAUAACAGAACAUACGACAGUCAGUGUCAUGCCGCCUGCGCCAAAGUUCCCAUACAAUGUCUUACAAAUUGCCCUUGUUCCUGUGAAGCUGAUUGCCUUGAUACGAAACCAGGUUUAGUUUGUGGAGCUGAUGGACACGUAUACACAAGCGAGUGUUAUGCCAAAUGCUCUAACAAUGCCGUAGAAUGUACUGGAAACUGCCCUUGUGCCCCCUGUCAUGAGAGAUGCGAAAAGACCGGAAUUAAAGUUUGUGGUGCUGAUAAAAAGACACACGAAUCAAAGUGUCAUGCCAUGUGCAAGGGAACUACCGUACAAUGUACUGGAGAAUGUCCCUGUGAUCCAUGUUCACACUGCCAGGAAGGCGGUCCGAAAGUUUGUGGACCCUAUGGCAAGACAUAUACGAAUGAAUGUUUUGCCAAAUGCUCUGGCAAGAGAUAUUUCCCAUGUCCAAGUUAUAACGGUGGUCAUAAACGUUAUUAAGAGGAACAGAU